CUAACAGCAGCGAAGAAACCGACCAGACACUGUAUAACUGAUUGAUUAACUGCCAGUUCGACGGCGAAGACCCACAGCGAAGGUUGACCGUUGUUCGGUGAAAUUAUCGAUUUGACUACGUUCCUUCGUUAGUUACAAAACGAAAUUAUUACUACGCGCUAUCGAGAUAUGUGUAGUUGGCGAGUAUAUUCAUCUACAAUGUUCCUUCUCAUCGUUUUCUCGUUGUCAUCAUCGUCAAUUUUGGUUACUAACGACACGUUCGUAAACACGACCAGAUUGCAGCUAAAAAUACUCGGAGUCUUCGGUCACUACGGCAAGAGUCACUUCGAUGUGUUCAAGCCACUCUUAGAAGAGUUGGCGCGCCGAGGUCACAAUGUCACGGUUAUCUCAUAUUUUGCUAGAAGCGAGAGCGCUAAAGCGAAAGAGCUAUUACCGACUUACAAGGACAUUAUGUUAAACUCUGACGACGUUAUUUAUACGAAUAUUAUAGACCUCCAUAUGAUUAGACACAAUGUUAUUCGCGUGAUAAAUGAGCUCAGAUUGUUGAGAUCUAUGGCUGAUGUAGCGUGCAAGAUCGGUCUGAAUCAUCCAGCCGUCAAAGAGUUACUCCAAUCUAAGAAGAAAUUUGACCUGAUCAUCACGGAAAGCUUCAAUACCGAUUGCUUCCUAGGUUUUAUCCAUAAAUUCAAGACGCCUUACAUCAGCUUAUCAUCGCAUCAGAUCAUGCCGUGGUUGAAUGAAGACAUGGGCAACGAGGACAAUCCCAAUUAUAUCCCACUGAUAUUCUUAGGAUUAGCCAAACCUAUGGAUUUCUUCAGCAGGCUGUUAAAUAGAGUGACAUUGUCAUUCGUCAAAGCAGCCUACGAAUUUUGGUUCCGAUUUCAAGAUCAGUGCAUUGCUAAUGAGGUGUUUGGACCGGAUCUUCCAAAUUUAAGAGAGAUCGCGAAACGAACGCAGGCGUUACUGGUAAAUACCCAUAGCAGUCUCCAUAGUAGCGUACCUCUAUUACCGAACAUUGUAGAGGUCGGCGGCCUUCACAUUCCGUCGCGAACGAAACCGUUGCCUAAGGACGUAGCUGAAUUCCUAGAUAAUGCGCACGAAGGAGUACUCUACUUCAAUUUAGGCUCUAUGAUCAAGAUGACAACGAUACCGCGAGAGAAGCUGGAUACGAUACUCGAUGUGCUUGGAUCAAUCCCACGAAAGGUGCUUUGGAAAUGGGAAGAAGACGUCCUGCCACGCAGACUGAACAAUGUCAUGUUCAAGAAAUGGUUGCCUCAAUUUGACGUAUUGAAUCAUCCGAACAUCAAAUGUUAUAUGGGCCAUGGCGGGCUUCUUGGUCUUUCAGAAAGUGUCUACGUGGGUAUACCGAUGGUCUUGAUACCGCUGUACGGUGAUCAAUUUCACAAUGCAGCUGCCGCGGAAAACAGGGGUGUCGCACGCAUACUCUCAUACAAUAACCUGGAUGAACAUUCCUUAAGAUGUGCUUUGAACGAAAUCUUCAACAGUACCAGCUAUCAUGAGAAUGCCCAGAGGCUUUCGAAAGCUUUCCGUGAUCGACCUGCUACUCCGUUGGAGACUUCGGUAUGGUGGGUAGAAUACAUCGCCCGUGGCAACGGCGCCCCCUAUCUGCGCAGCUACAGCGCCGAUCUCACUUGGUACCAGUAUCAUCAUAUCGACGUUGUUCUCGUUUUGAUUAUCAUCGUCGCGUUGCUUAUUUACAUUCUCUUCCGGUUGAUCAAGCUGCUCUCAUGGCUGUUUCGCAUUAUCAAAGAGGCGCUCAGAAGCGAGACCAAACAGAUAAGCAAGCAGAAGAAAAAGAAUUAAUAGCAACUGCUCUUUCGAUAUGGGGACGCAACAGAAAAAAAUAAUAACGUAGAGUAUUCAUAGUAGUUUCGAGAUAAAGAUAAAACCGUACAAACAGCCAGCAUUUUUUUUGUGUAAAACUACCAACGUUUGACUUAGGAUCGAAUUUAAAUUAUUUUAGAUCAAUUGUUAUGGAGAAUUCGUUGGUCGCAAAAAUUCUCUAAGAGACAAAAAAUCUCUUCCUAUUAACUUAUACGAUAUUACCCAAGUCACAGUCUGCUAAUAUUCGCAACAGUAAAAAUGUAGCUAAAAUAAUGUCUUGCCAGCCUUAAUUAUAGCAGAUUAAUUACAGCUAUUUGACAGCAAACGUUAUUUUGCAAUCUAACUUUUAACUACGAUAGUAUUAUAACAGUUAAUAAAAGAGUAAAACAGAUUUUUAACUACGAUACCGUUAUAACAGUUAUAAAAGAGUAAACAUGCAAUCACAAUUAUUUUAAUUGUAUCAUAUUAAUAGCUGUAAAGUGUAAAGUGUGAUAAACUGUUAAAAAUUAUAAUUAUUAGGAAAACUAAAAUUAUCCGCAGCUAUUUUAACAUUAAUUGUUGUGAAAUGUUAUGAUAGCAAAAACAAAAUCCAAAAUUCAACCACAGCUAUUUUAACUGCAUUAAUAGUUGUAAAAUAUAAUAUAAUAGUUGUAA